CAAGGGUGUUACUAGUGUAAAUGCAAGUGAUGUUGACAUUCUCUAUAUAUAUGGAGGUAUUAACGUUAUCAAAGAGUCUAUUGGCAAUGAGAAUGGUCUUUGGCUCACCCCGAGAGAAACGGAUUUUCCAGGCUAUUUCAAAAUGCAAAUCAUGGCAAAGUCCUUUGAGAAACACGAACCAUUUUAUCUUAAGAACACCCACGUAAAGAUGAAACUGUUAUUUGAGUUGGGUACAUGCCAGCAUUACGUUGUGGCGUCGAGUUUAAUUGAUGUUUUCAACUCGGCAUCAAUAGUCGGGUGUAUGGAAGAUGAACACGGAAUUAUUUACAUCGAUAAUGUUGCUGCUUUGCGAAUGUAUGAAUGGCCGGACAUUGCACACAAAUUCACAAAUAGGGACAGGCAACAUGCAUGGCCAGCUCAAGCAUUGAUCGAGCAUGUGACCAGUAGAGGUUGCGGUUUUGUUGCUAAGGGUCACAACGAGAGUGAAGAUUUUGAGUAUCAGUGGCGAAUUUCCUUUGCAGAGUCGGAGAAGAUAUUGUCAAGAUCUUUAAACCCAGCACAAAUCCGAGCAUACCUCUUCCUUAAAACCUUAUUUAAAACACAUCUCGAAGAUAAAGAUGAUCCUGAAGGGUUAUCAAGCUACAUGAUGAAAACCAUCCUGUUUUGGACCAUUGAAUCGGUGGAUGGAAGGAUAUGGACAGACGAGAACAUGUUGAACUGUGUAGAAAUACUACUUGACAGACUCGCCAUGUCUCUAGAUCGCGGAGUAAUAUCAAGCUUCUUUGCGCCAACACUUAAUCUCAUUGGCAACCUCGAUAGGGAGAAGAAAUCAAUUCUUGCGAACAAAGUGAGAAGCCUUACCCGAGACCUGUUUUCGUCUAUUGUUACCUGCGUGGAAAACCCGACAUUUAACGGAAUGUGUAAUACCGGUACACCACUUCAACAAAUGUACAAGUUGCAAGAUCCCACUGAAUUCGGAGCGUUGUUAAGCAUGAUACAUUUUACAUCAUAUCUCUAUCUAAGACUUCAAGUACUAAUGUACCUGCAAAAAAUAUCCGUAAGUGCGCUGAACUGUGCUCUGGAACAAGCAUGUAGAAGUGUGUGUUCUGUUAUCGCACCAAGAGCAGUUUGGUAUCUGUUAGAAUCCAUCAAACUACAACCAAACACGUCCUUGUUUUCAAUCCGUAAGGACUCAGAUGAAAGUUAUACCCUUGAUGUAUCCGGCAUGAGAAGGCACGUUGUGGAUUUCUGGCGGAGUGCAAACUACAGCGGUCUGUUUACGAGCGUUAUUAAAGACCAGGAGAUAAUUACCGGCGAUGCAAUAGAUUCUAUACCAGAAUUUGAUGAGUUUAUGGAGUGGGUGAACACAACGUGUCUGUGGUCAGGGGCACACCCUGUCAACCGUCUCACAGAGAAAUACCCGCCUAACCUCGACUGAAAUUGUAUCAUUGGUUUUCUAAAAGUUUUCAAAAAGGUACAAAUCGUCUGUCUCUCUCGAGGGUGACAUACUUCCAAUCUUGUCUUAAGUGAUAAUGCUUCCAUUUGAUCCAGACAUACGAGUUACUUAUAGUGAUCUCUGUAAAAGUAUUGAGCAGACGAAGUUGAACAACAUCAAAUGACAUCCGCAUUCGGUACUUUAGCGGAAACCACUGCUCAAUAAUUGAUAUAAACUCUGCUCGUUAUGAGCGGUAUACUCGAACGCCGCAGCAGUUGUUUUUUGUAUUAGUUCUCUCUUUAGAUUUCCACAGAAGUUUUUCUAUUCUGGUGUUCUUCCGUCAUUGAAGUUAUUACCCCAUUCAAAAGGUAUGCUAUGGCAUACACCAACUUUGACUCAAGAAUUUCACUGACUUUUUCAUAGCCUCAUGCUGUGCAUGUAUAAUGUACACGAUUGAAAUAUAGUGUUGUUCUGUUCUACACAAAUAACAUAACUUCAGCUCGCCCUACGCUUAUGAGCGCAACGCUGAUUUACAAAAAAAACACGCUACUGAGUUGUGAUAUGAAUGUUAUCGGUCAGGGAUUGGGAGAAUUGACAAAUCAGGGAGUUUACCGAGCCGAUUUGUCAAUUCUACACAUCACUGACCGGUAACAUUCAUAUCACAACUCAGUAGCAUAAUAUUCUAUUUAUCUGGAAACUCUGCAUAGAUAUUCUAAUUAAAAUAGGAUAUAUGUUUAUAGUAUUCAAUGAAAAAGACUUCCUCGCGUCUACGAAGUAUGUCAUCAAAAUGACGCGUGUAUGACUUCAUCGUGCAAACAGUUACAGCGGAAAUGGUAUCACGUGGUCCAUUGACCUGAUAUAACUAAAUGUUAUCAGGCAGGUGUUAUCGGUCACUAAAUAUGCCUUUGUCAAAAUAAAUUUAAAUACCGUAACUACAGCUUGUGACGAGCUUAAUUUACGUUCUUUUAAAAGAAAACCGGCGUUGCGCUCACAUUCUAUCUUUUAAAAUAGAGGCAAUUUACUUAUGCCGAUGGAAUCGUCGAGUAUCCGGGCUGGUUAUUUUUUUCAACCUUUAACCGCAACUUUAACGGAGCUAUUUAACCCAUUUGUGCCUAGCGUCCUCAAAAAAGGCCUUGGCAACCAGCGUAGACCCAGAUGAGACGCCGCAUGAUGAGGCGUCUUAUCAGGGUCUACGCUGUUUGCCAAUAAAGGAAUUUCUGUAAGAAACAUUCUAAAGAUAGAUUUUUUUCCAGAAAACCCCCAUCGUCGGUUACCCAUGACUAAUUCAUUCCGUUACUCUCCAGCAAUAGAUGCUGGAGAGUAACGGAUGAAUUAGUCAUGGGUAACCGACGAUGUGGAUUUACUUGUUUGAUAAUUAUACGGGAGUAACUGACAUUGAAAAAACGGAGAGUUGUCGUUCGUUCGGUACGUAUCGCGUAAGAUGUAAACAAAAGAAACGAAAACACGUUCUGCACCUCAGAUCGCUGAAAAAAUAAUAUAUACUGGUAAAGUCAAUUCAAAUUUACGCAUACAAUUAUAUAUUCAUUGAGUGAUAUACUUAUAAAUCUAGUUUGUUGAUAUUUGUAUUUUAAUUCUGCAUUGUCAUAUAAUAUGCGACCCUGAACUUUUCAUCAGUAAAAGUUUUGAAAUUCGGAUAAUAGCUUCCUGCUUUUAAAACGGUGCAUGUUGCAUUAUGCAAUUGAUACCCAACAUUUUGUCCUAUCCUGUUAGGUAUUUCAUUGAUUCAUAGUCAGUAUUAAUGUGUGUUUAGUUUUAAUAUUGAUCGAUAUUCUUCUGUCACUGUCGCACUUAACUAUCAGUUUCUGAAAACAUGUGUUUUAACUGCAAUAUAAAAUCAGUUUAGUGAAAUUUUCUUGAUUAUUCGUUUACUAAAUUAUGCUGUUUUGAACUGAUUUUGGUUUAAAUAUUUUCUUUAGAAGACUGUGUGAGAGUAUUGUGAUUGGUCAUAGACUAGUUCAGAGUUGUAUUGUUUAAUUACAAUGUCCAAUGACCAAGUUAAUUGACCGAGUUGUUCUUCGGAUACAGCACCAGGGUUCAGGAUCACGUGACUUUUUGUUGUUCCCAUUUGAACUUUAAUGGAUUAAACAAACCGGUUUGUGGUGCUUUUUUUCAGAUGAUUUUUAAAAAUAACAACACUUUUUCUUAAGAAUUUUAACUAGUGCAUAUAACAGACAGACAGGUUUUUGUUGUUGCUUAUGGCAAUGUGAAAUACAUCAUAAUUAUAUUACUUUAUUUGAUAAGCCAGUGUUCUUGGCAAAAAAUGUGUAACGCAUUUAUGUUUAUGGUUAUGUUGCAAGCAACUUUAAAUUUUGGCAUUGAUUUUACAUGUUUUUAAUUAUUUAUGUUUAAAUCUUAAGAUAUCGGUACAAAAUGCAAGAAAUACAGUCUUUUAUCAGGGCUUUUCAUCAGGAAAUUGGGAAGAGGCCCUAGCCUUUCAAAUUGGGAAUUGCAUGCGCGUUAACUGCUCAUUUUGGGAAGACUGUUUUUUUUAAGUUUUUGAAACAGGGUCUUUUUCAUUUUGCAGAAGUAUUAAAAGACACAUUGUGGUGCAUUCUUAAUCAUAUUAGAGCUCAUUGCUUUCAAUUUCGAAGAUGCCCAAUAUGUCAAAGUAAGUAAAAAAAAAAAUUUUACAAUUUGGGAAAUUCCUCUAUCAAUUUUGAGAUAAAAAGACCUUAUUUUCAAUUGGAAAUAAGGAAAAAGCCCCCCUCCCUCCUGGCGGCCAUGUUUUUUUCCGAUCCAAACCAUUUCGAACUCAACUGUACUAUCCAGGGAACAAAUUUUCUGACCAAAUUUCAAUUUCACUUCUUUAUAUUAUACUACAAUGGAGACGCCAGUCUCCUUCUCAAGGGCUACGUACGUCUGGUAGUCCUUUCCUUGGUAAGAUGCAAGUACUUUGGCGUAUAUUGCGUACACCUUUGUGUUUGCUACGGAUGUCUACGCAUGUCGCAGUCUCUGGACGAAUCCUUUUUUUUCUUUUUUUCUUGUAUUUUUUUAUUCAAUAUAAUACAUACAAUGUAAGCAUGUAUGUGAUCAUAAAACAAAUUGAAACCAUGUAGCAACAAUAAUGUUCAAACAUGUUAUACAAGAUAUGCUAAUAUAUUCUUUAAAAUAAGAAAAAAAAAGAAAAGAAAAAAAAGAAAAGACAGAAAAGAAAAGAAAAACAAAGAACAACAGAAUAAUAAUGAAUAAGGAUGAGUUGUAUGAAGUAGUUAGAAAGAAUACUGGACUUGUUAUGAAAAUUUAAUGCGUUUCCAUUUUUGUUCCAAUAUAUGAAGUGUAUUAUUGAUUAGGGCUAUUUCUUUUUCAAUUUGAAUAUAUUAUUGUUAGGGCUAUUUCUUUUUCAAUUUGAAUAUACAGUUGUAAAUAAUUGAUUAAACAGUUCGUUGUAGGUGUUGUUUUUCUGUAUUUCAUAUUGAAUAUGAAAUAUUUCAUUAAUAUAAUUAUGUAAUUCACAGCAUUAUUGAAUUCUUGUAUUUUGAAGGUAUUUACCCCUAAACUGACGUUUAAGAGAGAUAAUUUGUUUAACAUUUAAUUGUUGUUUCUCUAGAAAUGUUGUCAAUUGAUUCCAUAGAGAUUGAAUAUGUUUACACUCCCAUAAAAGGUGUUUUAUUGUUUCAAUAUGUUCACUACACAUAUCACAUAGAUUUGUAUUGGAUAGAUUGCACUUAAAAAGAUAUUUAUUUGCAGCCAUGAUUCUCUGGAUGUUUUUAUAUUGAAAAUUUCUUAGUGUGCUAUAAGUAGUUGAUGUAUAUGGCAUGAUAAAUAUUUGUUUCCAAUUUAAUUAUUUUUCUUCAAGAAGGGUUUGCCAUUUAGUUUGAGCUUAAGAGAUUUCGGUAGGGAUUUUUAAUUUGAAGUGUGUUAAUAUUUUGUUCGUUUUGUUUUGUUUUGCAAUUAUGUUUUCUACGAAAAUUUUGGAGUACAUGGUGUGUUAUUUGUUUUGUAACAGCUUUCAUAUGUAUGGCUAUACUUUUGAUCAAUGUGUAGUACAUCAGGAAAUUACUUGUAGGUAUUCCGAAUAUGUAGCAUAAGUUAUCAAAAGAAUAGAAGUCGUUUCUUCUGUAGUCGUACAAUUGAUCAACAUAUUUUAUGUUUCGUUCAAACCAAUGUUUAUAGAAAAGUGUUUUAUUGUUAGUUGUUAUGUCUUAAUUGUUCCAUAAAAUGAUUUUACUGUU